CGUCACUCAUCAGUGAUAAACAAAGGCGCCAUGUUCAAGUAAAGCAGGUUACUGUUAUGAUAACUGCACAGUCAAGAGAAAGCCCCCCCUGAUCUAGGAUCAGAUAACAAGAUUUUUUCUCUAAAAACUGAAGGAUAAAGACAAUCUUAACAGUUGUUAUGAUGAGUGUUCAAAUAAAGGUAAAGUCGGAACCAGUUGACCCUGGUUAUGAGGCUGCAUUGGAAGGUUCCAGCGGGGAACCAGUUGAAGGACAGAAGAUAAAAUCUCUACUGAGAGGAAUUCUGGAUAAAUCUGACCAGGGACAGUCAAUCAAGAAUGUUAUUGAAGAUAUGCUGCAGAAAAAUGAAGCAGUGAUAGCACAAAAUGAUCCACUACCAUUUAAACCUAAUCCUAGAACAACAUAUAAAAAAGAUGAUUUCAAAGUGAAAGAUUCUAACAUUGUACGACCAAAAAGUCCAACACGUACUUGUGAGAUACCACAAAAGGAUAUGUCACAUAUUGGUCAAACAUUGAUGGAAAUGGGAGUGUAUGAUGAAAAGACAGAACAUUCAUUUCAGACUAUGACACAUGAAAUGGUUUGUGGUGUUGCUUCUAAAGCUUUUGUUAUGACUCAAGAAGGAGCAAACAUUCAGACUGAUAUGCAGUAUUACUGGUGUAACUUUUGUCCAUUUAAAACAGAACACAAGCAGACGUUACUGCAGCAUGUUAUGGAACACAGGUUUCAUUGCAAGUUUUGUACAUAUCAGUCUUUUUCUAGAGCUGAUGUUAUUCGUCAUGCUUCCAAAGAACAUGAAGACUUCCGCUCCACUGCUGAAAGUCUAAAAUAUUGUACAUUCCUACCUGAUUUUCUUCAGCUAGAGGUCAAUUCAAAAAAGAGAAAGAGUGAGGAAAACGGUGAACCAGCACCAAAGAAAACCAAAGUGAGUAAAGCAGGUCCAAAAUCAAAGACAGAAGGAAAACCCAAAAUACCUACUACAGAAACCAUGUUUGAAAUGGAAGUUGAUGAAGUAGAUGAAGAUAAUAAUGAAAGUUCAGAGGAAGAAGAACCUUCAGAGAAAGUUAUUGUACCUCGAAGUAAAAGAUCAUCAAUUGUUGCCAAACCUGUUCAGGAAAUACCCAAAGCAAAAGACAUUGAGACUCAUGUCGCCACAAAUUCACCAGACAAAAUAACUCCUGUAGCAUCAAAACCAACACCCCCUCCAGCUGCACAGAAAACUACCACUCCAGCUAAAACACAAAAUACAGUAACAGUCUCAUCAGGUCUUUGUUGGAAUUGCGGUUAUUGUGAAUUUGUCACAUUAAGUCAGACCUUCCUAAAGACGCAUCUGAAUACCCAGCAUGGUGGAAAGGCUCACAAGUAUGUAGCAAUGUUAGUCUCAUCACAGGAUGAAAUGAACAGAAUCAAAGAAAGAGACAACCAGAUGUACUUAAGUCCCAAUCCUGCCUUACUGCUUGGUAGUCCAACAGUGACAUCCACAACUGCACAAGAGAAGACAACUCCAGCUGUAACACAAAAUGAGGAUAAUGCAGAGGGUGUAGUGGAUAGCGACAGUGAUGAAGAAUACAUUCCCGACGAAGAAAAGAAGAAGUAUCCAUUAACUUACAAAUGUGCUCACUGCAAUUUUAAUGCCCCAGUCUGCUUCAAGAUCAAAGAACACUUGUUGUUUAAACACUCUGGAUGUGUAUUGUAUGCACUUGACAUGAGAGCUGUCAAACUGAAACAAAAAAGAUAUGUUUUCUUUUGUCAUCGACAGAACUGUUCUUUUACCAGUAAGAAAACCGAAGAAUACCUCAAUCACUCAGAGAGUUGUACCCCUUGGUUAGAACCAGGAUGUCCAGAGAAAAUUGAUGGAGCUGCAAAGAAAUGUCUAGAAUUAACUCGUAAUUUUUCAACAAAGAUAUCCCAAAAAGCAUUUCAGAUGGCACGUAAUUUCAAAACUACCAAAACAGCAGAGUAUGCAUGUGUACACUGCUCUUACACUUCUAAUAACAAUACAAGAGUGAAGAAACAUGUAUUAGCAAAUCACAAAGACGGGGAAACUGUCAUGAGAGAUCUUCAAGCCUCUAAGAUGAAAAAGAAAACCACAGUAUACUUCUGCAAGAUCUGUCUGUGGGAAACUAGAGUUGAUGGAGAACUUGGUGAACAUCUAAAAGAAAAACACAAUGAAGAACUUCCAGUUUCAAAACCUACUUCAAAGCCAGUCUCUGAACCACAAACAGGCCCUGAAGAACCUCCUCCACUGAUGCCAAAAAUAGUUUCAGUCAAGUCAGGGAAAGAUGCAGUAACCCCCACUUCCUCACCAUCUGGGUCAGACAUAGAAGACCAGUUAAAUGACGAUGAUGAUAGUGAACCUGAACAAAAGGAAGCAGAUGAUGGCUUGGACGAAUUAGAAAUCCCAGAGCAGGAUAUUCAGAAAAUGAUGGAUGAAUAUAUCACUGAUGAAGCUUCAAGAGGCAAAUCUUCAGGAAGACCUAACCGUGCUGCAGCAGCUAAAGCUUCUGCCAGAGUGCAAGCCCAGGGGCAUUCUCCAUCAUUGUACAAAUGUCUACAGUGUCAACAAAUGCAUUUUGGAGAGAAUUUAAUGAAGCGUCACAUGAACACCAUUCAUCCUGGAGUAGCUUUACGCGCAUUGGAUGUGAAGAAGAAAACACACAAAUCUAAUCCUUACAUCUGUUUUUGUCCCAAAGAUUUGUGCAGAUAUAUACACCUGAGUGAAGAAAAUAUUGCCAAACAUGCUGAAGAUUCCCACUCAAUUGACAGAGAUACUGCUGCCAUUAAAGCCAUCCUUGAACCAUUCAUACCUCCAUCUUCUCCAGAAAAACAUGUCAGAGCUGUUGCAAACAGUUCAACAGCUCAGUAUGAAUGUUUAUAUUGUACAACCACAGUUCAGCUUACAACUUGUCUCAAAAUGAGGCAACAUAUCCUGGCCAAGCAUCCAGAUGAAGAUGUAAUAUUUAGAGACUGUCUAUUGAGGAAAUCACGAAGGGCAUGUCGUGUAUUCAUGUGUCCAGAUAUUACUUGCGCAUACAACACAACAGAUCAGAAAGAAAUCAGCUUACACAAGUUAGCCCAUGAAAAAGCCACAAUUUAUGAAUGUUCCCAAUGUCAAUGGUUUACAACUAAUUUGGAUACCGUUGGUGCACACAUGGCUGCUUUACAUCAAGGUGAAAAGGUCACAACAAUAGAAAUCAACUUAGAUUUAGAUAGUGAUGGCAGAGUAGCAAAGAAAGUUGGAGGAACUGUUAUUAAACAAGAACCAGAAUAGUAGUCAGUUUACAGAUUCCCAUUGGUUGUUGUAUGUUUUAUGAGUAGUAUAUAGAAACUGAAAACAUGAACAAAAAAUUUUUAUACCAGUAGUAAUGCAUUUGUUGUUUUUCUCAUGUAAAAUAAAUACAUUUAAAACUGAUUCAAAUGAUACAAAAGAAGAAGUGUGGAAAUCAAAAGUAAAGAAAAAAAAAACAUACCAAUAUAUAAAUCCUAGUGCAAUGUAAAAUUUUGUAUUAUAAGUUGGUCACAAAUGUACUAUGCAUUAAAAAGUCAUGCAUAUAUUGCUGGAAAUUGAAAUAUUUUACUUGGUUAUUUCAUGAUUUUUCGUUCCCGUUCUCUAACUUAAGUUUGCCUCAACCAAAUGUUAUGAAAUUUAUACACAAUACUUAUUACUACAAAACUCAGAUCAAUAACAAAUUUUUAGCGUCACUUUUACCGUUCUUCAGUUUUGUCCCUUUAUAACUUUAUAUGAUAUGCAAGCGGGGGCAUCAUCUGUGUCCCAUGGACACAUUUCCCAUUUAUUUUUGUAUAUGUUGAUCUGUUGAUUCAUGUUUUAAUAUAUCAUUUUGAAGUAUGAAUAAAGAUAUUUUGCACUUUUUUUUAUCCAUCUAGGUACAUUCAUGCUUUCAUUACUAAAAUUAGUUUUAAUUUUUUUUUAGGAAAAUGAAGAAUUUGAUGAAAUUUGUUUGAAACUUGUAAAUAUGUAUGCAACUGAAAUGUUACAGAAAUUAAAGUAAACUUCUCCUGUAAAUUAUAAGGCAAUGCAAAAAGUUCUAACUUUCUUAUUCUUUUUCAUAAGAAGUACUCAAUUACCAUGCUUUCUGUUAUACACAUAUUAACUGUGUCACAAUUGCAAACAUUAUGAAUAUCCAAUGUAUAUGAAAUUAUAUAUACUAGGUAUGCAACUAAACAAAAGUAACAAUAAACAAGUUUAAACUCGAAUUAAUUAUAAAUUAUGAUAACUAAAAAAUUAUUCAAUUUCAAAGCAAGUUACUUAUGAUUCUGAGAAUCUUUAAAGUCAGAAAGUGAGAAAAUAGUGUUAUUCAACAAAGGGUUUUAAUUUAUUUUGCUGACAAUGGGGUUAAAUUUAUUCAGCUGAAAUUCAUGACACAAACAGGUAUCAAGUUUCGCACAUAAAAUAUAAGCUUUUGAAAUUGUUUUGAAAAUAUUAUUUUAAAUAAUUUAAUUACAAAUAAAUCAUUUUGCAUUUUUUGCUUUAAAUCUGGUUUAGAAGACAAAAAAAACAUGCUAUAAAAUUAAGUAAGCCUGUUACCAAUUUCAUAUAUGUAUAUACAAAAAAUGUAUUACCUUGUAAGAUUUCUUUUGUUGGCUAGUAUAUGUAGUCUAUUUGGAAAAUGCAAAUGUUUUACAUGUUUUCUUUAGCUUUAAUACAAAUGUAUCAACAUUUUGAAUUGGCCACUUCAUUGUAAACUUGGCCAUUCAAUGGUAGUGUAGACAUAAGACCUAAGUCAAAGUGUAAACAGACUUGUAAUACAUUUGUUGAUUCUUUUGUUUAUUAUGAACUUGACAGAUUAAGUUCUUAGAUUAUGAAUUCAGAGGCAAGGAGGGACUUCUUGUUAGAGUAUGAUUUGUUAAAAAAAGGAUUGUUUGCAGAUUUUAUAGGAAAUAUAUUGACAUUUUGGUAAAACAUCCUAUACCUUGUAAAAUAGUUUUAAGAUUUAUUGCUUGUUUUAUGUGGCAAUACACAUUAUUUUGGUCCCGUUACUAUAGCCGAGAUCAAAUAGUUUUUGUUCCCCUGUUCUUCAGAUGUCUUCUCUUUUUUUGUCAUGUCUAUGUGUAAAAUGUAUUUCAAUGAAGAUGUGAUUUUGAAAGUAAUUAUAAUUUUGUAACAGCUUUAAGAUUUUGGUAAAAUAUAGUUACAUCAUUUAUGUCAUUAGUAAUGUGUUCAUUCAUAUCAACAUUUGGAGUAUUAGUAAACAUUUUCAAAGUU